AUGGGAGCUGUCUACAUUUGUACAGAAGAUGUAUUCCCAAGUAAACGUUUGCAACAACUCAUAGAUCAACAGCAUAAGCUGCGUGCAGACGUUCCAGCUGAAAUCAUACAGAAGAUCAAAUUUGGAAACAGUAUUUUUGUUGAGCAUGCAGCAGACCUAGAUGCCUUUCACAACUGCAUUACCCGAAGGAUUUCCCUCCUGCUCACCAGAGGCAUGGUGCGCUUGGUGGUCGUAGACUCUAUGGCUGCCUUGUUCCGGUGCGAGUUUGGAGUUUCCGAUUCUGUUACGAAGGCUCGGUAUUUGCAGACGUUUGGGGCACAGCUUCACAGUUUGAGCACUAGAUUCAGGACCCCAAUAAUGUGCGUUAAUCAGGUGACGGAUGCGGUGAGCGAGUCAGAAGCGGCUCAGUGCAGUUGGAGUGUAGUGGAUAGCAGAGUCUCUCCAGCACUUGGAAUAACCUGGGCAAAUCAGCUGCUAAUGAGAUUAAUGGUCAGCCGAAUACCACAACCCGGACAAUCACCUGGAGUUGCAUCACAUCGCUCUGGAAGCGUGAGGACUUUAAGAGUAGUUUUUGCUCCUCAUCUCCCUCCAUCCUCUUGCCACUAUACAGUAAAAUUGGAAGGUGUAAAAGGAAUAAAAUAA